AUGACCUCUGAAACCAACUCCACAAAUAUCCAUGGCUUAUCCUUCCAUGGUCCUCUUAGCUCUCCUUCUUGUUUCCGCAACCUCAGCAUCAAUGGCACUAAUAUAGCCGAAAUAAUUGUUCUAGGACGUGUGUUUUGCUCCCUCACUGGAAAUCCCUUGCCUAACAUCGAAGCCUCGGGUUUGGCAGGUGUAAAUGUAGCUCUGGUGUGCAAUGGCGCCCAAGGUAGCCUCGGCGAAGCUCUCACUAAUGCCACGGGAUUUUACAAUAUUGUUCUUAAAACUGUAGAUGGUAUUACCUUUGAUAAAUCUCUAUGCUCUAUGGCUGUCAAACUCCCUGUCGACAAUUGCAUCCUUCUGCCUCCUACCGGAACCCUCACAGCGACCAUUACUCUUGUCAGUAUAGUCCAGACAGCGUUGGGAGCAGUUGCAAAUUUUCUAGGGGGUAUUGUUUGCCUAUGA